GAUGGGGAAAGUGAGGGCGCUGCGGGCUCGUGUGCACCGGGCGGCCGUGAGGCCCGACGGGGAGGCUGCACCCGGCCCUGUGGCCCGUGCUUUGGAGCCGGCUCUCCCACAAGUGUCCGCGGGCGGAGCGGGGGCGAAGGACUGGGCAUUCGUUCACAAUGACAUCUUUGCCAGAACACAGAUAGACCCUAGUGCGUUGGUGCAGCGGCUGGAGCCAGACCAGAAGAGUGUGGUGUCCCUAAAAAGAGGUGCAGAGCCAAAGGCCGUUUUGCCUAAGAAGGAAAAACUGAAGCUUCGCCGUGAGCGGUGGCUGCAGAAAAUCGAAGCCAUAAAGCUGGCAGAGCAGAAGCUCCGGGAGGAACGGAAGCGCAAGGCCAUGGUGGUGGUCGGUGACCUGCACCCCCUGAGGGAUGCCCUGCCUGAGCUGCAGGAACUGGAGGCCAGCCGCCAGCAGCAGCAAGCCAGGCGCAGGGUGACCAGCAAGCCCAGGCCAGUGGAGCUUAGCCGAAUGAGCACAGCCCAGAGACAGCAGCUUCUUGAGGAAGAAAGGACCCGCUUUCAGAAGCUGCUGGCCAGCCCAGCCUACAGAGCCAGUCCCCUGCUAGCCAUCGGGCAGCAGCUGGCACACCAGAUGCAGCUGGAGGGUGGCGAACAUCUCUGACCAACGCUGACACUGUGUGUCAUGAGGUCCAGAGGGCUCACAUGUGGGUGCCGGUGCCAGCAGCUCUCGAGUCCUGUCCUGCACCUGCAUGGCCGCCUCGCCAGCCAUGACACCUAGGGGAGGCGAGCAAAGCUGCCGGUGAAGACAAAUAAAAUGACUAUGGACUGUGCCUUCCACGGCCCGGA